AUGAGCAUGAUUGAUGCAACAAGUGGGGGAGCACUGGUGGACAAGACUCUUGUUGCAGCUAGGAGUUUAAUUUCUAAUAUGGCAGCCAAUUCCCAACAGUUUGGAGUUCGUCAUGAGGUGUCAGUUAAGGGAGUAAAUGAGACAAACUCUGAAGUAGAGCAGCAACUUGCACAAUUGACUAGUAUGGUUCAACAAAUCACCUUAGGUCGUCAGGUAAGACCUUUUAGGAUAUGUCAGGUGGUGGGGCAUCCUACUGAUGCUUGUCCCACUCUUCAAGAGAUAUGGAAACCAACAAUAGCAGCACCUACCAGACCACCAGGGUUUAAUUACCAACAAAUGCCUCAACAAGCCUAUGCACCCUGUCCUCAACAACCUCUUAUUGGAGUUCCACGAGAUCACAAACCAUCAAUACCAGACAUGCUUAAAAAUUUGGGGGCUUCCAAUAUACAGACUCAAGUAAUUCUUCAGAGUACUCAAGUGUCUCUCCAAAAUUUGGAGAACACAAUAGGACAUAUUUCUACAUCUCUGAGCAAGCUUGAAGCUCAAAAUUCUGAACGAUUACCUCCCCAGCCAGAAAGGAACCCAAGAGCAAAUGUAAGUGUGAUAACACUGCAAAGUGGUAUACAAUAUGAGCCACCCACACAACCCUCAUCGCCAACUCCAAUGCAAAAGCAAGUAGUAGACAACUCUAUCCAUGAUGAACCAUCAACGCAGAAAAAGUCACAUAAACCAACUAUGCCAACCUAUGUCCCUCGUCCGCCUUUUCCAAGAAUAUUGAAAAAGUUUAAGAAAGAGGAAGGUGACAAGGAAAUUCUUGAGACUUUUCGCAAGGUUGAGGUAAAAAUUUUGUUACUUGAUGUUAUAAAACAAGUGUCUCGUUAUACUAAAUUUUUAAAGGAGUUAUGCACGAAUAAGAAGAAAUGUAAGGGUGAUGAGAAGAUAAGUGUGGGGGAGAAUGUCUCUGCUUUUCUCCAAAAGAAGCUGCCACCAAAAUGCAAGGAUCCUGGAACCUUUACAAUUCCUUGUAUGAUUGGGAAUAAAAGGAUUGAGCGGUGUAUGAUAGAUUUGGGAGCAGCGAUUAAUGUCAUGUCAUAUUCAACAUAUGGUUCCUUAAAUCUUGGGCCAUUAAAGGAGACAGGAGUUAUUAUUCAACUUGUUGAUCGCAUUAAUGCUUAUCCUUUAGGGGUAGUUGAAGAUGUGCUCCUGAAGGUUGAUAAACUUGUCUUUCUAGUAGAUUUCUAUAUACUUGAAAUGGGGGAUGCAUCAAUACCCAAUCCAACAUUGUUUUAUUUGGGAGGUCAUUCUUGA